GGUUCCAUCAAAACACCUGCGAGGACGGAUGAACGGACGAGCCACGCUUUCUGGUGGGGAUGAAUCCUGGAAGCAUUGCAAGGAGCUGGCUGAGUGAAGGUCAGGAGAAGUGGAGGAUGAACAUCUGAGCAAGAAUCCCAAAGGAGUCGCUGGUAGGUGGAGACCGUUCCUGAAGAGUAUGACGUCGCAAGUGAGUGACUUCCAAGGUCAGAACUUCCUCAAGCUCCGGCGGGCUUGCAUCCGUCGCGGCGCCCUCUUCAAGGACCCCGCGUUCCCCGCAGAUGACGAGGCGCUCUUCUAUAAGAGGGCGCCGCCGCCAGGGCUGACCUGGAAGAGACCACGGGAGAUUUGCAAGGACCCGCGUCUUUUCGUGGACGGCAUCAGCACUCGUGAUCUGCAUCAAGGCAGUCUGGGUAACUGCUGGAUGGUGGCUGCCAUUUCUUGUUUGGCGUCUGAGCCCACCUUGUGGAAAAAGGUCAUCCCUGACCACGCGGACCAGGAAUGGAACCCGAAGCGUCCCGACCUGUACGCGGGGAUCUUCCAUUUCCGCUUCUGGCGCUUCGGCCGCUGGGUGGAUGUGGUCGUGGAUGACCGGCUGCCUGUGAGCAGGGACGGGGUUCUGCUUUUCUGUCGCUCAGCCACGCCCAGAGAGUUCUGGAGCGCCCUGCUGGAGAAGGCCUAUGCCAAGCUGAACGGCUGCUACGAAGCUUUAGAGGGUGGGAACACCGCCGAGGCUCUGAUAGACUUCACCGGCGGGGUUUCGGAGCCUCUCUGUCUGGAUCGCGAGACCCUCAGACAGCAUGGUGACCGGAGGAAGGCCCUCUUCCAAACGCUGGCCAAGGCCCACGAACAAAAAGCCCUCAUCACAUGUUCUAUUCGGCCGGCCGAUGGUGAGACGGUGGAGUCGGUGAUGUGUUGCGGGCUAGUCCGCGGCCAUGCCUACGGGGUGACCGCAGUCAGGAAGGUGUGGCAAGGAGAGAAGCUUCUUAAGGCAAAUGGGGGACCCCGUAUCUUCUUGAUGCGCAUGAGGAACCCUUGGGGAACCACUGACUGGACCGGUGCCUGGAGUCAGCGUUCACAAGAAUGGACGCAGAUGAGCCGGGCAGAGAGAGAGAAAAUGGGACUUGUAAUUCGGGACGUUGGCGAGUUCUGGAUGGACUUUGAGGACUUUUGUGCCUACUUCACGGAUGUGGUGCUGUGCCGCCUGGUGGAAAGAAGUUUCCUGUGGCCCAGCUCCCACUGGAGGGAGGUGCGCCGCUACGGGGAAUGGUCUCUGGCGCCAACUCACACCGGCAGACCUCCGUCGGCUGUCUGCGUGCUGAGCCGGAGGAAGGGCGAAAGCCAGGAGGAAGACUCUUCUGGGGGAAACAGAGAUGACGUGCUGAACGGAAGCCAGCUGGACAAGAGGAGCCGAUGCGGAGGAUGUCUCAACCACAAGGACACCUUCCUGCACAAUCCUCAAUUCAUGUUUGAGGUCCGAGGCCAUGAGGAGGAGGUGCUCAUUUGUCUGCAGCAGGAAGACCAGAGGAUACGGAGGAAAGAUGGCGGAGGAGACUACCUGCCUAUUGGUUUUGAGGUACUCAAGGUCGAGGAGAACCGCUGCAGCCGCGUGCAGCGUGUGACGGAGCAGGCCGCCAGCUCUGUCUAUAUGGACUCUCGGAGCAUAACGCUGAAGGCCACGCUAGCGCCGGGCCGCUACGUUGUGCUGCCUACCACUUACCUGCCGGGAGCCAGUGGUCGCUUUCUUGUGCGCCUCUUCUCGCAUUCGCGCGCCCAACUCAGGGAACUCAAGGAUGACUUGCCCUCGCCCUCCUUUUUCCAUUGCUUUUUACCUGAGCCCACCAUGGUGACCACGGUUCACCUACGGAGGGCAACGGGACUCUGCUCUCCUAAACAGACAGCUCCUGAUGUCUACGCCACUAUCCGUUGUGAGAGUGCCACUGUUAGGUCUGAGGUGUUCAAGGCUGAAGGAAAUCCCGAAUUCCGCUUGAGAGCCAUUUUUUACAGAAGAUACCCAGAUGCACACAUCACUGUCGAGCUGUGGAGCAGAGGCCUUCUGUGGGACUCCCUUCUGGGCGACGCCCGACUCCACACAACGGCGACCGACCAAGGUCGAGACCAUGUGAUGGAUUUACAAAGCGGUUCGGCAGGGCGCAUCUGCGUGGAGACGUCGUCCAGCGUCUGUCUGACGGACUUGUAGAUGUCCCCUUUUUCAACGCUACUGGAAAAACGAGGCCGAUUUUCAUUCGUCCUUUUUAGUCAUAUUAGCACGGUUGUUGAAGGCUUGUUUCCCUUGCUAGUAACGCUAUUGAUGAAUAUGUUGAAAGCAAUAUUGCCAAGAUGAUCCAUCCUGCUCCUUAUUGACACUUGAAAUCUUGAAAUCACACUAGAAGCUCGUCAAGAAUCUGCAUUGGACAAGGUGAUGAUGCUGGAACUUUUGUUUGGUGCCGUUCCAGUGAGAUUUACAAAGAUGAUUCCCUGAAGACAUCAAAAUUCCCUCAGUCCUUGAUGAUAUGGGGCUGCAUGUCAGUCAAAGGCACUGUGGUUAAAUCUUCAAUAAAUGCACCCGUUUACAUUGAAAUUUUAGACAAAACUAUCUUAUCCCUUCAAUUGAAAAUUCCAAUUUCCAAGAAAACAAUGCAUCAUGCCACAAAGCUAAAACUGUUAAAGCAUUCCUUGGAGAAAGACUCAUCCAGUC